GUAAUCUGUAACCAAAAAACGCUGAGAUUUCAAUGCAUUUGAACCCUUGGUCGGGUCGAACCCGAAGAAAAUUCUCCACAGAAAGAGGAGAGAGAGAGAGAGGGUUGGCGUAUGUUUUUUGCUUUGGAGAAUGGCAAAUAUCUGGUCAGGUGGUCAAUUCAAGCGAAGCGGUUCGUUCGUUCAUUCGUUCUCAACAGUAACCGGAAAUAAAGAAAUCAAAAUUACUGGUGGGAAAACGAAAAGGGAGCUGCUUCCAGAAAGACCGAGAAAACAGAGGAGAGAGAGAGAGAGAGAGAGUGGGUGAGGAAUAGCCAAUGAGGAAGAACGUUUCUUCUCGAUCCAUAUCCCUAGCAACGCAUGAUGGACUCUGCUUUCAUAACCGCAAUAUUUGCUUCACCAACAACAACAACAACAACAACGUCGAUCAUUAUUAUUAUUACGCAACUGAUCCAUUUCAAGAUUACCCUCAUUUUAAUCUGCCUCAACCUUUCCAUUUCAAGAUUUAAAACCAUUCUCAGCUUGAAAAAAUAUGCUUGGGGGAAAUGACAACAGUCAGGUAUUUCCUACCCUGAUGAUGCACGAGGAAAACCCUUUGCCAUAUGAUGCCACUGGAUUGACUCAGAUGCAACUGCAAGGUAGUAUUCCCGUUGGUUGUAAUGUUGAUUGUUUCAACUUCACUGGGAAUUUUCUCACAACAACUGCAACUAACUACCACCCUUGUGUUAUAAGAACCCGGGAACCAGAAGAACUCAACUCAUGGCAACAAAGGUAUCCAAUAUGUUUUCAUCCGGAAGAAGGUGUUAAUACAAGUAGUACUAUUUUGAAUACAAAUCCUGUAUCAACUGGAUUCAGACUUUGUUAUGAGGAGGGGGAGGAACUUAACAAGUCCUCUAUUAUUACCCAUGGUGGUGAAAGCAUAAAACCUUGUUUAUUCUCUCUCAGUGAUGGCCUUAAAACAGAGAUGGGUAGACAGAAAGAAGAACUUGACAAUUAUAUAAGAAUUCAGGAAGCAAACAUGAUAAAGGGUAUAAGGCAGUUGGGACAAAGACAAACAGGUUGGUUUGUGAAUGUAUUGGAGAGAGGAAUCGGGAGAAAGUUGCAAGAGAAAGAAAUGGAGAUGGAGAAUAUAAGGAGGAUGAACAAGGAACUGGAAGAGAGAAUAAAGCAAGUAAGCAUAGAAGCUCAAUCGUGGCAUUACAGAGCAAACUAUAACGAGACAGUAGUGAACAACUUGAGAAGCAACAUUCAACAGCAGCAGCAGCAGCAGGUUAUGGCUAAUUCGAAAGCAAAGGAGGAGGAGGAGGAGGAGGAAGGUUAUGGAGAUAGUGAUGAAAUCAAUCUAGUAGGUUCUUCUUACUGUAGAAGUUGUAAAAGUAAAGAAAUCUGCAUCUUGUUAUUGCCUUGCAGGCAUCUGUGUCUUUGUAUGGAUUGUGAAGUGAUUGUUAGCAAAUGCCCGGUUUGCAACCUCAAGAAAAGUGCAAGCCUAGAAGUGUAUUAUGCUUCUUCUUCUUCUUCUUCUUGAAUUAAUAAUAAUAAUAAUAUGUAUGGCUUUGUAAAUUGAAAAA